AUGGAUCUCUCUGCAUGGCGAAAAGGGGAGAGAACUCACCCUGAAAAAAGUGUCCAGAAUCAUCAAUCUAUUAACAAGCAGAAAAGUGACAGCCAGCAAGACUCCCUGGAGCAAACUUUGAGCUACUUUAAGACAGUUCAAGACCGAGUUUCACUGAAAAAGAGUGAGGUUCUGCAGAAACACUUGAUGACCGUGGAAAGCAUUGCCCUGCAAAAAGGAUUACCCCCGGAAGGAUUCGAUGUGUUGCUGAACGUGGCACUCAGUGGCAAACUUGCUGAUACGGUGAAUACUCGUUUACUGAAGAGCCUGAUUCCCGCCUCAGUAAUACCAGAAAAUGCUGUGAUUUCAGCCAUAUCUUGGCUCUGUGCUGACAAAUGCUCAGACAGCACCCAGCUGCUUUUUUUAAGAUGGCUGAUCACAAUGUUUGACUUCAUUGAUCAGAAGGAACAACUUCGUGCCCUCUAUGGUUUAUUCUUUUUCUUCCUGCGUGAUGAGAGGAUGUGCCCCUAUAUCUGCCACCUGCUCUACCUGCUGACCAGGAAAGAAAAUGUCAAGCCUUUUCGGGUUAGGAAGCUACUUGACCUCCAAGCAACAAUGGGAAUGCAGUCUUAUCUGCAGGCUCUGCUAUCGCUUUACAAACUCUUCUGUCCUGAGCUGGUCACCAUAACCCUUCCUGCGAAAAUGAAG